AUGCCUCCACCGACAACCUCCUGGCUGGCUUCGUCCCCGGUGACCGCUCUCUCCUCGGCCACAGAGAAGGUCAUGACCGACGACUCCAUCCCCCGUAGCCAGGACCACAGAUCCGCUUCCCCUCAUUCUUUUCCCCAUGAUCUGCUCAAUGUCUGGCUUCCAAGUGCUCCUGUUGUGAUAGUGGAAGCUAAUUCAAGGAAGGUGGGCAAAGUCCUAUUUAAGCCAAUAAGCAGUGAAUGUGUUGGUGUUGACAACAAGGGUGUGAACCGCCUGAUCUCCAAGAAGAUCGUCAAACGGAAGAAGAAGGGCUCUGAUGAUUCCUCUGGUGAUGAGUAUCCAGAUAUAAUAGAGAAUGGCUGCCCUGCAGAGGUACUCUCGUACUCGGAUGAUAACAGUGCUUUGUUGGAAGAUGCAAGCAGUUCUAGUGCCAAGAGGUGA